AUGGCUCUUUCAAACCGUAUAUUUGACCGUCUUGAUCAACCGCACCCACAACUACAUAUGCAUGAAUCCGGUUCUUUAAAAAUCAAGAUUCCAUUCCCACCUGUGAUCGAUGUGAAAGAUCUGAUUGAUUCUAGACCUAAAAGAGAUAAAACUCCAAGAUGUCCGAAUGCAUUUAUAAUUUACAGAAAAGUAUACUCAGAAACAGCGAGAAAUGAAGGUUACUAUUUGCCAAUGACAGUUGUUUCAUCACUCGCGUCUAAAUCAUGGGAAAAGGAACCAUUAGAAGUUCAAGAAUAUUAUAAACAACUUGCGAAAGAAGCAUUUAAGUAUAGAAACGAAAAGUUUCCAAAAGCUAUUAAGCGUAAAAAAAAAAAAACAGGGUGGAAUGUUAUCUCAUUCCAUGUUCCUACUAACCUCGAAGCUCAAAACACAGCUAAGAAAGAAGACAGAACAUUACAAUUUCAAAAAGAUCUCGAAGAUGUAAUUGAUUUUAGAGAAUAUGCCACACCAGAACUGUCUUCUAACGUAUCUACAGCUACUUCGUCACCAAUUACCGAUCAACUUUUUCAAGUAGAAGAAGGAAUGAUUCAAAAUGUAUAUCCUAGUCCAAACCCUUCUAUUCAUGGCAAUACACCAUUAAACUUUACAUCGUUUGGCUUUAACGAACAAAUUGAGUUCAAUAACGAAACCUAUAACGAUUUCAAUAACGAUUUCAAUAACGAUUUCAAUAACGAAUUCUAUAAUGAUUUCAACAAUGAUUUCAAUAACGAUUUCAAUAACGAAUUCUAUAAUGAUUUCAACAAUGAUUUCAAUACCAAUUUCAAUACCAAUUUCAGCAAUGAAUUUAUUAAUACUAGCCAAUCAUUUGAAAAUUUCUUACCUUUACAACCAUUACAACCUUUACAAGAAUCAGAAAUCGUUUCAAUCGACAAGUAUCGCCAAAAUGAACAACGUAACCAAACUGAAGUAUAUCAACAAAAUUACUUGGAUGCUUCGCGAUUUGACCCAUCAGUAUCACAAGAAUUUAACAUUUCAUCAUCACCAGAAUUUAACCAAUUUUCUCAAAAUAUUUCUUUAAAUGAUGAAAUUUUUGGAUCCAAUGACGUGUUUAAUACGUUUGGAAUUAUUAUCCCAAAUAAUGAAUUUAGUGUGAACGAGUUUACGUUUUCGAAUUUUGUUAACUAUGAUUAG